GCCCGGCCGCGCACGCGCAGUAGACCCGAUUCGCCAUGCCGACUGUCAGCGUGAAGCGCGAUCUGCUCUUCAAAGCCCUGGGCCGGACCUACACUGACGAAGAAUUUGAUGAACUGUGUUUUGAAUUUGGUCUGGAACUUGAUGAAAUUACUUCUGAGAAGGAAAUAAUAAGUAAGGAACAAGGUAACGUAAAAGCAGAGGGGGCCUCAAAUGUUAUUCUUUACAAAAUUGAUGUCCCUGCCAAUAGAUACGACCUCCUGUGUCUGGAAGGAUUGGUUCGAGGACUUCAGGUCUUUAAAGAAAGGAUAAAAGCUCCAGUGUAUAAACGGGUAAUGCCUAAUGGAGAAAUUCAAAAGUUGAUUGUCACAGAAGAGACAGCUAAAGUACGCCCUUUUGCAGUAGCAGCAGUUCUCCGGAACAUAAAGUUUACCAAGGAUCGAUAUGACAGCUUCAUUGAACUUCAGGAGAAAUUACAUCAGAAUAUUUGCAGGAAAAGAGCAUUGGUUGCUAUUGGUACCCAUGAUUUGGAUUCUUUGUCAGGCCCAUUUACUUAUACUGCCAAGCGUCCCUCAGAUAUCAAAUUCAAACCUCUGAACAAGACCAAGGAAUAUACUGCCUGUGAACUAAUGAAUAUAUACAAGACUGACAACCACCUUAAACAUUAUUUACAUAUCAUUGAAAAUAAGCCUCUGUAUCCAGUUAUCUAUGAUAGCAAUGGUGUUGUACUUUCAAUGCCUCCAAUCAUCAAUGGGAAUCACUCCAAAAUAACAGUAAAUUCAAGAAAUAUAUUUAUUGAGUGCACAGGAACUGACUUUACUAAGGCAAAAAUAGUCCUGGAUAUUAUUGUCACCAUGUUCAGUGAAUAUUGUCAAAAUCAAUUUACGGUUGAAGCAGCUGAGGUAGUUCUUCCUAAUGGAAAAUCAAAUACCUUUCCAGAACUGGCUUACCGGAAGGAGAUGGUGAGAGCUGAUCUAAUUAACAAGAAGGUCGGAAUCAGAGAGACUCCUGAAAAUCUUGCCAAGCUUCUGACCAGAAUGUAUUUGAAGUCAGAAGUCAUAGGUGAUGGGAAUCAGAUUGAGGUGGAGAUCCCUCCGACCAGAGCUGACAUCAUGCAUGCAUGUGAUAUUGUAGAAGACGCAGCGAUUGCUUAUGGAUAUAACAACAUUCAGAUGUCUCUCCCAAAAACAUACACCAUCGCUAAUCAAUUUCCGCUAAACAAGCUCACUGAGCUUCUCAGACAUGACCUGGCAGCUGCUGGAUUCACCGAAGCGCUUACCUUUGCUCUGUGCUCAAAAGAAGAUAUUGCUGAUAAACUCGGUUUGGACAUCUCUGCAACAAAUGCAGUCCACAUAAGUAACCCUAAAACAGCUGAAUUUCAGGUGGCACGCACUACCCUUCUUCCUGGCCUCCUAAAGACCAUAGCUGCAAAUCGGAAGAUGCCUCUUCCUUUGAAACUUUUUGAAAUCUCUGACAUUGUAAUAAAGGAUUCUAGCAAAGAUGUAGGUGCAAAAAACUGUAGGCAUCUCUGUGCUGUUUAUUACAACAAGAAUCCUGGGUUUGAGAUAAUCCAUGGACUGCUGGACAGAAUUAUGCAGCUGCUCGAUGUGCCUCUUGGCAAAGAUAAGGGUGGCUAUGUGAUCAAAGCCUCAGAAGGACCUCCUUUCUUCCCCGGGCGAUGUGCUGAGAUCUUUGCCAGGGGUCAGAGCAUUGGGAAGCUUGGAGUCCUUCAUCCUGAUGUCAUCACCAGAUUUGAGCUGACCAUGCCAUGCUCCUCCCUGGAAAUCAAUAUCGAGCCCUUUUUGUGAAGCUGGGUCUGUUGUGUGAUUCUCUCCCCGAGUGUCCUUUCUCUUCCCCUGAUACUCUUUAGCCCACCUCCAUAGGGAACAUCCAUUUGUGCUUUAAUGUUUAAUAAAGUGAAAAGCACUGUCUGACUCUUUGGGCAGCUAGCUGCAUGCAUUAGUCUGGCUGGUGCAGUUUCAAAUGAGUAUCUGUGGGGUGCCAAAGAGGUCCACUCCCAGAUGUGGGCAGACCAGUUCUGGAGCAGAUAUGCUGCUCAGACAUCAGAGCUCCUUGCUGACACCAACGAUUCCCACAGAACAGGAUCCUGUUUUUUCCUCAUCGAUGAAACAGGGUCACUGCACAUUGCAGAGUGUGAGUUAACCCUGGGUUUUAGCUUUCGCCUUUAUAUGUAUUCGUCACUGGGAAACAACAGAAUAUAACCAUUUUUAGAAAACCUUUAAGAAUCAAUUAUGGUCAAGCAGUUACAGCUUUUGAAGUCACUUCAAAGUGAAAGAAAAACCUGUAACACAAGUAUUCAGAACACUCUAUAUCUUUAUUUGCUUAUUAGUGCAUAGUAAUUGCUCAGAAUGGUGGGUUUCAUUGUGGUAUAUUCAUUCUUGCAAAGGUAUUUCUUUACCCUUGCUGGCAUCUGAGAGAAAGUACAGGCACAUGCAACAUAGAUGUGUUCAGCUAAAAAGGGGCCAGGUAGGCUGUACAUGUUACUGUUACUGAUCAGUUAUAAAACGAAGGUUUUAAACACUUAAUUGAGCUGCUAGUUUCAGUCUUAUUUUAGAGGGAAGUAGAAGAUCUCCUAUUUUCUGAAGCUAGAUUUCUGCCAAUCCUCCUAGUCUUACAUCCUAAUUUCUAAAUUUCAUGCUUCAGUCUAGAAUCCAUCUCUUGAAAGAAGGAGCUACUAUCUCCUGAAAAAAAAAUCGGGUCUAUUGUUUGUCAGAAAUUUCAGUUCCUACUGAGAUGAUAAGAAACAUGAUAAAAUCUAAAAUUUUAAAGUAAGUCCCAGUAGAAAUUGCUAAUAAAGAUAAAUGAAAGAGAAUUAGUUUAUGGAGCUUUUGCUGAGUUUACUAACAAAAAUAAAGCAAUAUUACAACCUUAAAUCAGGGCAGCAUUGUCUAUUGUAGCAAGAUGUGCUUCCUUAGUAAGCAAAUGUACGGACACUCCACACCAUUCGUCACCAGGGAAAUGCAAAAAAAAAAAAAAAAAAAAAAGUGUCAAACUACUGUACACCCAUUAAAAUUGCUUACAUUUAAAAGACUCGUGAGACAAAUGACACUCUCUCACACUGCUAUUGAGAAUGUAAGAUGAUACAGCCACUUUAGGUAUUCGUUUGGCAGUUUUUUAAAGCCUGAAGCAUCACUACAAUCU